UGCAGAACCGUAAACAAUGCGUUCAUGGGAGCAUUGUAUACGCCAUAUUCCUAUGUGUACGAGGAAGAGAGAGACAGAGGGGACAAGCGGCCACACUUGUGUAGGAAGAAUGCGCCGCACACUACGUUGCCCGGCACAGCAGUGAUGAAGACCACAGAACACAACUGUAACUUGUUUUCUACGCUCAAAUACACAUUUCUGUCGAAUCUGUUUGGGACCAAUUCCAGACCGAUCCUAAUGGUUCUCCGAUUUUAG